ACGAUCGUAUGUCACGCAGACGGCGAUGCGGAUGGCUGUGGCGGAGGAUCGCACCUGGGGGACACGCUGUAUCCUUAUUGGUGGGUGAACCUACACACGAGCAAACCUACACUGGUAACAGGGUGAUGAACCAUGAAGUCUUAGUAACUUUCUAUGACAUGCAGGUCGUGUCUUAUCAAGAACAAAGUCAAUAAGUUUCCUAUGUCUAGAUCUCUGAACCAAGCGAGCCCUAUGUCAACAAAGGGUGUACAAGUAGAUAACAAUACAUGCCUGCCUCCUCACUAGGCCCCUGCUAUGUACAGCUGAAGUUAGCCAACCUGUGACCUUUGAACUUGAUGGUUAUCACAAUGAGACCUUCAGAUCUAGGCUCGACUGAGACUACGCCAACCAAUCAUUAAUCAAUGGUUAAAACAGGAUUCGAUUUUCAAAAGCUGUGACUCCAAUACUGGACAAACAAACCACAAAUACUAUUGAAAAACAGAUUAAUAAAACAAUAGCAAAAAUAUCAUCCGCACCCCUCCAGUAACAAAUGUAAUCAAGUUUAUUCAAGCCAAUUCAAAAUGCUGCUGAAGCAAGUACAAGGUGGACCUGUAUUACUAGCUUGUAAAACAGUCUUUGGAAUAUUGAACGUGUCAAAGCAUGUCUCAACAUCUAUAGCUAAACCGUCUCUUAUGCUAAGUUCCACUUGGCCGUCAUGUGCAGUGAAUCAGUCUUUACACAAAAUGUACAGCACUGUGACUAGCUCAGAGAAUUUACUGUUGAAACAUUUAAAGCAGAGAAUACAAAUGAAUGGGCCACUUACUGUGGCUGACUACAUGAAAGAAGUUCUGACGAAUCCUCAGUCUGGUUAUUAUAUGAACAGGGAUGUGUUUGGAACUGCUGGAGACUUUAUUACCUCCCCUGAGAUCAGCCAAAUGUUUGGAGAGAUGAUUGGAGUAUGGGUCGUGAAUGAAUGGAUGAAUCACUAUACAGAUAAAAUACAAAUUGUUGAACUCGGACCAGGCAGAGGAACAUUGGCUGAUGAUAUGCUUCGGGUAUUUGCCCAAUUCCCUAAUAUCAGUGACAAAGUGAGUCUUCAUCUUGUGGAGGUCAGCCCAACCCUCAGUAUCAUGCAAGGGGCUAAAUUGACUGGUAAAAGUACAGAAGAAGUUGCAGCCAUCAGAGAUGGUGCAGACCAAUCUGGGACUUGUUAUCUCAAAUUGACCUCCAAAUAUGGUCCGGAGGUGUCGUGGUACAAAGAACUUGCUAAUGUCCCUAAGAAUCUAAGCUGUUUCAUUGCCCAUGAGUUUUUGGAUGCUUUACCCAUACAUAAGUUUCAUAAAACAGAAAAGGGAUGGCGAGAAGUCAUGAUAGAUGUUGACCCACUCAAAGGCACACUCAGAUUUGUUAUUGCACCAACUAGAACCCCAGCUAGCAUUGCUUAUUUACAGGGUGCUGCCAGCGAUGAAAGAACCAAUCUAGAAGUGUGUCCCAGUGCUGGGCUUAUAGUCCAAGAGAUUUGUAGCAGGAUAAAGAAGCACAAAGGAUUUGCAAUUUUGGCAGACUAUGGUCACACUGGAGAAAAAGGUGGCACGUUUAGGGCUUUCAAGAGCCACAAACUUCAUGAUCCUUUGGAAGAGCCAGGCACCGCUGACCUCACCGCAGAUGUUGACUUUGCAUAUCUAAAGAAGUUUACUGGCGAUGAAGUUGAUGUGUUUGGUCCUAUUACACAAGAGAGAUACUUAAACAACAUGGGUAUAGGCUACAGAUUACAGGCUCUGUUACAAACAUGUCACCAAGAACACUGGUCCAGUCUCAUUUCUGGUUACAAGAUGCUCACAUCACCUGACCAGAUGGGGGAGCGCUUUAAAUUUAUGGCCAUCAUGCACAAAGAGAAACAGAACUAUAUACCUGCAGGAUUUGUGAGUCUGAAUAUACCAGAAGGAACAAAGAGAUGAUAAUAAAAUCUUAAGUUUAUUUUUUAAAAA